AUGAAAGACGCCAUCGCCCAACAAUUAAAGCAAGAAUUCGCCCAAGGAAACUUCAAACCCAGCCAAUUAAAACGCUCUAAAUCUACCGGAGAUAUUCCCCUUACUCCCCCUUUGCCGAAUAUUCCCUUAAAAAAAUCAGCCUCGCAACCAGAAACCCCGCAGACCCUCAGCCCUGAACAAGAAAUCAGCCAACUCCAAAGCCAAAUUAAAUUCCACGCCCAAACUAGCCAAAAUUACCUCCAAUCGCUCCAAGCGGCCCAAGCGAAAAUCACUGAGUUAGAAGAAGAAUUGCAAGCCAAAGAAACUUUCGUGGAUGCCACCGAAAAAAACCCGGCUGAAUUAAAAACGAAAAUCAGCCAAUUAGAACAGCAAAUCCUCGAACUACGCUUAAAAAGCCUCAAAGACUUUGGCGAAUACUAUGAGGAAAAACAAGCUUUAAAAGGCGAGUUAGAAGAGAAUAUCCAAGAGGGUGUUCAAGAAAUUCGCCGGUUAGAAAACAAGCUCUUAGCCCUCAAUAAGAAAAAACUCAUCAUCCAAAGCCAAUUACAGCAAGCCGAGUUGAAAAAUACCCGCUUAGAGUUAAAAGCAAUUGAUCGUCAGCCCAAAACUAGUUCUCUUUGGUCUAAUUUAAACUGA